AUGUCAUCUUCAGUGGGAGCCCCAGACGAUAUUGAGAAUUCUACACCUGUUGUAGUGAGUGAUGGCAGUCGUGUGGAACCCAUUAACGGUCUUUCCUUUGUGGAUGACAGUAAAAUGGAUCAUGACUUUCGACGAUUAAAAGGGAAUCAAAUGUAUUAUGUGGAUCGAUGUUCUUACUAUGAUGGUAGGGAAGAUCAUGCUGAAUUCCGUAUUCUUACAUUAACACCUCUUGCAGUAUUUGUGGUGGAUUUUAAUGGCAUUAUGGAUCGAGUGACACCUUAUGAUAAAAUAACGGAAAUAUAUCAAAAAAAAGCCAAGGAUAAGAAACUCCUUUCCUUCUUAACAUCAGAGAAUCACCUGAUAUUAAAAUCACCAGAACAAGUGGACGUUCACGUCAGUUUUCCAACCCCCACCGCUUUACAUAAAUUCACUGAAAUACUUGUGAAGAUAUUAGAGGCACACCGUCGAUCUACAGUCACUCUGCGGGAUAUUCCCCCUGAAAGGGAGAUCACCGCCUAUUAUAGUGAUAAGCGGGCGGAGGGGUACCGCACACCGCGGGAAGUGGCGGAGAUCAAACGACAACGUGCCAUUCUCGAAGAGUGCACAGAUGAUGGACUGCGAGAUGUGAUGGCAUUGCAGUCGCAAUUGCAGGAAGUGGAGGCGCAAGUGGCCGCACUCAAUGAAGAAGUCAACACUUUAAAACAAAAGGGCGGUGAUGAGGCCACAGCACGUGGACAAAAGGCGAGUGUGGAACAUACACAAAUGCAAUUACACCGUGAAGUGGCGGAUAAACAUGAGGAAUGUGAACGUGUAUUGGAUAAAAUAAAGGCUCUGCAAGAGGAGUUGGUGGCCGGCGGUGCGAAUGAAGAUGCACUUAUAGAAAAGGAAGUAGCGGAGAUGAUGUCAAAAUCAAUUAAAAAACAUCAAGAUGAUAUAGCACUUCGCCGUCGUGCCCAACAGAAGGAAAAGAAUGUUAUAGAAGCUGAAAUUGCUACACUUAAGCAGGAUUUAUCUGUAGCGAAGAGUGGUGAAAGUGCUGAAAGAAUAAAGAUGAAGGCAAGUUUGGAUUCGGCAUAUGCAGAAUUUGAAAAAGAGUUGGAAGUCUUGUUUCGCCUUGAAAAAUUUUUCGCGACCGUUAAUGGUGAGGUACGGGUACAUAAUGAUCGCAUCAGUGCUCAGAACAGUGAAAAGUUUGAACUCAUAAAUGCCCGAGAGAAAAAGAAGAAUGUUCUUUCACCAAUUACAUCACCAACAGAAAAAAGAGGUGGUGUAUUGGAUAACUUGUUAUUGGAUGACACUCCAACGGCUGCUGUUAACGAUCCUUUACUCGGAUCUCCACUCUCUGCAGCCAUACAAGGAGCAGGAGAACCAAUCUCAGUGGAUCCAUUAGCUUCUCCGUCAGCAGGAGAUGAUUUAUUGUAG